AUGAAUCUUAAUACCAUUGGAGUUGGUACCAUUAAUACUGACAACAUUGGAAGUAGUACCAUUAAUAUUAAUACCAUUAGAGGUGGUACCAUUAAUAUUGAUAGCAUUGAAGGGGUUACCAUUAAUAUUGAUGCCAUUGGGGGUGGUAGCAUUAAUAUUAAUACCAGUGGAGGUGGUACCAUUAAUAUUGAUACCACUGGAGGUGGUACCAUUAUUACUGAUACCAUUGGAGGUGAUACCAUUAAUAUUGAUAACAUUGGAGGUGGUACCUUUAAUACUGAUACCAUUAGAGGCAGUACCAUUAAUAUUGAUACUAUUGGAGGUGGUACCUUUAAUACUGAUAGCAUUGGAGGUGGUACCAUUAAUACUGAUACCAUUGCAUGUGGUAGCAUUAAUAUUGAUACCAUUGGUGGCUGUACCAUUAAUAUUAAUACCAUUGGAGGUGGUGCCAUUAAUAUUGCUACCACUGGAGGUGGUACCAUUAAUACUGAUACCAUUGGAGUUGGUACCAUUAAUAUUAAUACCAAUGGAGGUGGGACCAUUACUAUUGAUACCAUUGACAGUGGUGGUACUAUUAAUAUUGAUACCAUUGGAGGUGGUACCAUUAAUAUUAAUACCACUGGAGCUAGUGCCAUUAAUAUUGAUACCAUUGGAGGUGGAACCAUUAAUAUUUGUAAGAUUGGAUGUGGUACCAUCAAUAUUGAUAACAUUGGAAGUGGUACCAUUAAUACUGAUAGCAUUGAAGGUGGUACCAUUAAUAUUAAUACCAUUGGAGGUGGAACCAUUAAUAUUGAUACCUUUGGACGUGGUGGUACCAUAAAUAUUGAUACCAUUGGAGGUGGUACCAUUAAUACUUAUACCAUUGGAAUUGGGACCACUGAUAUUGAUACCGUUGGGGGUGGUACCAUUAACAUUGAUACCGUUGCAGGGGGUACCAUUAAUAUUCAUAACAUUGGAAGUGAUACCAUUAAUACUGAUACCAUUGCAGGUUUUUACACUAAUAUUGAUACUUUGGAGGUGGUCCCAUUAAUAUUAAUACCAGUGGAGGUGAUACCAUUGAUAUUGAUACCAUUGGAUGUGGUACCAUUAAUAUUGAUACCAUUGGAUGUGGUACCAUUAAUAUUAAUACCAUUGGAGGUGCUACCAUUAAUUCUGAUACAAUUGGAAGUGGUACCAUUAAUAUUGAUAUCAUUUACGGUGUUACCAUUGAUACUGAUACCAUUGGAGGUGGUACCAAUAAUAUUGAUACCACUGGAGGUGGUACCAUUAAUAUUAAUACUAUUGGGGGUGAUACCAUUAAUAUUGAUACCACUGGAGGUGGUGCCAGUAAUAUUAAUACCACUGGAGAUGGUACCAUUAAUAUUGAUACCAUUUACGGUGUUACCAUUGAUACUGAAACCAUUGGAGGUGGUACCAAUAAUAUUGAUACCACUGGAGGUGGUACCAUUAAUAUUAAUACCAUUAGAGGUGAUACCAUUAAUAUUGAUACCAUUGGAGGUGGUGCCAGUAAUAUUAAUACCACUGGAGAUGGUACCAUAAAUAUUGAUACCAUUGGAGGUUGUACAAAUACUGAUACCAUUGGAAUUGGUACCAUUGAUAUUGAUACCAUUGGAGGUGGUACCAUUAACAUUGAUACCAUUGCACGGGGUACCAUUAAUAUUCAUAACAUUGGAGGUGAUACCAUUAAUACUGAUACCAUUGCAGAUGGUACCAUUAAUAUUGAUACCUUUGGAUGUGGUCCCAUUAAUAUUGAUAACACUGGAGGUGGUGACUUUAAUACUGAUACCAUUGCAGGUGGUACCAUUAAUACUAACACCAUUGCAGGUGGUACCAUUAAUAUUGAUACCCUUGGAAGUGGUACCAUUAAUAUUGAUACCAUUGGAGGUUGUACCAUUAAUAUUAAUACCACUGGAGGUGGUGCCAUUAACAUUGAUACCAUUGGAGGUGGCACCAUUAAUACUGAUACCAUUAGAGGUGGUACCAUUAGUAUUAAUACCCUUGGAGGUUGUACCAUUGAUAUUGAUAUCUUUGUAG